AUGGACACCAUGAAAGAUAUAUGUGACGGUGAAUUAUAUCGAAGAGUUCAAGAAUCAUGUCAAGAUACAUUUAUUACACUGAGUCUCAACAUUGAUGGCAUCCAACUUAAUAAAGGCUCAAAAAAAACAAUCUGGCCAAUUCUUUUAGUAGUGAAUGAAAUACCAAUAAAACGUCGUUUCUCACCCGAAAACCUUAUUUUAGCUGGUGUAUGGCCAGGACCAACUAAACCGUCCCGAACACAUAUGGCUUAUUUUUUAAAAUCUACUGUUACUGAACUUACUCGUUUAGAAAAUGGGAUAGGAUUUUAUAUACCAUCUCAAGUUUCGUCUUCAACUGAUCAAAUAAUUCUAAUUCGAGUUUAUUUAAUAGGUGCCUGUUGUGAUAAACCAGCACAGGCGUUGGUUCAAAAUCUUCCAGAACCAAUUGCCGCUUUUGGUUGUGAAAGAUGUGAGCUAGAAGUUAAGUAUCGUUUUCUUUCAUACAGUUCUAAACUGAUAGAUACUUAG